AUGGCCGAAGCCACUUCAUACAAUGAGCGCGCCGAAGAGCUCGCCACCCUGCAGUCAAUCUAUCCAGAGCUAGUCAUUCAAGAAAACAAUCCCUACCAAGCCACUCUCCAACUGCUCAUCGCCCCGACCAAGCCCAUUCCCACGACCUUCGAGCCUUCGCAGCAUGUCGAGCGACUUGCCUACCUCCCGCCCUUGCGCCUCGAUAUUUCCUUACCAGAAGGAUACCCCGCCCAGGUUCCACCUGUUGUAAAACCCUCAACUUCGCCAUCAUGGUUACCCGGGAACAUCCAGGCUGCACUAUCCGCUGAGGCGCAAUCGCUAUGGCAUGAUUAUGGAGGAGAUACCGUCUUGUUUGCUUAUAUCAGUUCCUUGCAGGAGCAGGCCGAGACUGCUUUUGGUCUGCAAGGGCUCACCCUUCCCGCGAGCAUUCAAAAGCACAUGGUAGACUAUGCUCGGCAUAUGAAGAAAGAACUAUUCGACAAGGAAACUUUCGACUGUCAAGUGUGCUUGGAACCCAAGAAGGGUUCCGCCUGUUAUCGUAUGGCUCGCUGUAGUCACGUCUUCUGCAUCGCCUGUCUACAGGACUACUACAACAAUUGUAUCAACGAGGGCCAUGUCCACAAUGUCAAGUGCAUGUCCACCGAGUGCGGUAGUAGCGCCAAAAAGAAGGAUCGACUCUUGUCACCAAAGGAACUGCUACAAAUACCCAUAUCACGUAGCCAGGUCGAACGCUACGCGAAGCUAAAGCGAAAGAAGAAGAUUGAAUCCGACCCGACCAUUGUCUUCUGUCCUCGAUCCUGGUGCCAGGGUGCCAUGCGUACGGACAAAUACCCCAAAAUUACCGAUGUCGGUCAAAUGGACGACUCAGACUCGGAACCCGACGACACUUCAGAGGUCUCAAUAAGCGCCGACACUGGGCCUGAAAAACGGCGCGUGGGCGUGAGGGGCAUGGAGAGGCUGCAAGUCUGUGAAGACUGCAAUCUUGCCUUUUGCGUUGUCUGUCUGGCUUCGUGGCAUGGAGACUUUGUACGCUGUGAGCCUCGAGAUGCUACUCAGCUCACCGAGGAGGACCAGGCAUCACUCAACUUCAUCGCAAGGAACACAACACCAUGUCCGUAUUGCUCUGUGCCUUGCCAGAAGUCUUACGGAUGCAAUCACAUCACAUGCGCUCAGUGCAAGACGCACUUUUGCUACCUGUGCAGUGCCUGGCUUAAUCCAGAUCAUCCAUAUGCCCACUUCAACGAUCCAAAGUUCAAAGAUUGUUUCCAGCGUCUCAUGGAUGGGGCUGAAGGUGACAUGAACAAUGGCGAGGUUCGAUUCGGUGGACGGCGGGGUGCAGAGCAGCUUGCGGACUUUUGGGAGCAAGAAGCUCUACGCAUACAAAUGGGCGAAUUCGAUGAUACAUGA